AUGGCGGGGACGAAUGCAAUCUCGGUCGCGCACUUUGCUGAGCACUUCCGCCUGGCAUGGUCGGGGGUGAGAGGUAUUGCCCCUCAUGGCCUCCAAAGCGUGGUAGGGGAUGUGGUUCAACUACCUCGACGGAUCGGUCUUGCCGUUAGUGGCGGCGCAGAUUCCAUGGCCCUUGCAUAUUUGUGCCGGCAGCUGGAACUAACGCCUAUCGGUGGACCCAUUUCCGUGACUGCCUUUGUGGUUGACCAUCGUGCUCGACCUGAGAGCGCCGAUGAAGCAAGAACCGUCAGCACAUGGUUGUCAGAUAUGGGUAUUAAGACCCAGAUUUUGAAAUUAGACUGGUCUCCGUUUUCAAAGGAUUUGGAAAUCUCUGCCCAGAAUAAUGCAAAGAUAUCAAUGCCAAGUGCCUUUGAAACACAUGCCCGGCGGCUACGAUAUCAAGCCCUUGGCACAGCCUGUCGCAGCAAAGGGAUCAAUGCCCUACUCAUGGGCCACCACCGAGAUGACUCUAUCGAGACAACCAUUUGGCGUCUAGCGACAGGUGCUCGUCGUGCAGGUCUCGGCGGCAUUCAAAGCAUAGCCCGAAUUCCAGAAUGCCACGGUCUCUUCGGAGUCUCUGAAAGCGGUUCAUCAGUCCGAUUACCAGAGCCUGGGUCUGCUACAUCCCAACGCAGAGAGAAAGCCGCAGCUCAGCUAGCCUGGUCAUCUCAAAAAACACCCCAAUUGGGUUCGAGGGCUUCAGCCGUCGCAACGGGUGGAAUAUUCCUCUGUCGACCUCUUAUCUCCUUCUCUAAGGCCCGACUGCUAGAGACUUGCCACCAAAAUAAUAUUCCUUAUGUCUCAGACCCGACUAAUUUCGACCCAACCUUAACUCCUCGGAAUGCUAUUCGCAGUAUGCUGGCAUCUAAUUCUCUACCUCGUGCACUGCAGGGACCCCGAAUCCUUUCCUUAAUUCGUUCUAGUCGGGAUCUUCUACAGGUAUCAUCAAGCCUGUCGGACCAGCUGCUUGCAUCAAGAUGUCGUAUCCUUGAUAUCAAUCUCAGAUCGGGCACAAUGACUGUUCAGUUCAGGGAGAUCCCAAGAUGGAUGGAUCCACUGCUGGCUCAGACCUCCCCCGAACGAGCCCAGCAAAUCCAGGCUCUUACACUCCGACGCAUAACGGAACUUGUGUCCCCAUUCCCAGGAAACCAUUUCUCACUACGCAGCUUUGCGCCAUUUGUUUCUCGGAUUUUCGGUACGGCUAAAGAGAAAGACGUUCAAAAUGACAAUUCGCGUAAGCAGUUCACACUAGGGGGUGUGAUGUUCACGCCUGUGUCUGCGUCAUCUGGCAAUGCGUGGUUAUUUUCACGCCAGCCAUUCAUGAAGAACCGAUCGCCUAUCACGUCUAUAGACAUCCCUAUGCCAACACCGGCGGAGCUAGUCUCAAAUCCCCGACCAAGAUACUCCCAGUGGACGCUCUGGGACGACCGGUACUGGGUCCGACUGUCUAUUGCGCCGCUAGGGAAACACCAGGCAGCCUCUACAAACGAGGCAUGCAAAGAGAUCGUUUCUUUUACGAUAAGACCGCUCCAGGAGCAUGAUUUCCAGGCUCUGCGCAACGAAUCAUUCAAGAAAGGACGUAAGAAGAUUCCACCUGAGGUUCUUUUGGCGCAGUUGCGCAAGCUCUUGUCGGGUCAGGCUCCAGGCCCAACGCGGUAUACACUUCCUGUGUUGUUGCAAGAAAUACCGAAUGUUUUUGGCUUACCAGAAACUCAAAAAGUCGACAAGUUAUUGGCAUUGCCGAUUCUGGGCUUCGAUCUGUCAGGCCUUCGUAAACAAACUCAAGUCAACGAGACGGAAAUCAUUGUAGGAGGCAGAACGUGGAUACUAAAGUGGGAGUGGAUGUACAAGAUGGUUGAUACCGAUGCAUUGCGCCUGAUGGGCAGGCCAGUAGAAGCUGAAGCAGCUAGUGUACAAUAA